AUGGCGUCCACAACCACUCACGAGUGGUCCGCUCCCAAGGUUCGAGAGACCUUUCUGAAGUACUUUGAGGACCGGGGACAUACAUUCGUCAAAUCCUCUCCCGUGGUUCCACUUUCCGAUCCUACCCUUCUCUUCACAAAUGCAGGCAUGAACCAGUUCAAACCUAUCUUCCUGGGUACGGUCGAUCCCACGAGCAAAGAAGGCCAGUAUAAGCGCGUGGUCAACUCGCAAAAGUGCAUACGUGCUGGCGGAAAACACAAUGACCUCGACGAUGUCGGCAAGGACAGCUAUCACCAUACCUUUUUUGAGAUGCUGGGCAACUGGUCGUUUGGCGACUACUUCAAGAAGGAGGCCAUCUUAUUCUCUUGGGAGCUGUUAACAGACGUGUUCGGGCUGGAACCGGAUAGAUUGUAUGUCACCUACUUCGAAGGAAACGAAGCCGGCGGUCUGGAGCCGGAUCUGGAGGCAAAGGAGAUCUGGAAGAGCGUUGGGGUGCCUGAGGACCAUAUACUGCCUGGUAACAUGAAGGACAACUUUUGGGAAAUGGGCGAUCAGGGACCUUGCGGCCCAUGUUCCGAAAUUCACUACGAUCGCAUCGGCGGUCGCAAUGCGGCCAGUCUCGUCAACCAGGAUGACCCCAACGUGUUGGAAAUAUGGAACAACGUCUUCAUUCAAUACAACCGAGAACCGGAUAGGAGCUUACGACCGCUACCGAACAAGCACGUCGAUACAGGUCUGGGAUUUGAGCGACUGGUCAGUGUCCUCCAGGACAAGAUGUCCAACUACGAUACCGAUGUCUUCACUCCACUAUUCUCGCGCAUUCAGGAAGUCACAGGCGCCAGACCCUACUCGGGAAAGUUCGGCGAAGAGGAUGUCGAUGGUAUCGAUACUGCAUACAGGGUAGUGGCAGAUCACGUGCGGACGCUCACUUUCGCCAUCAGUGACGGUGGCAUUCCCAACAAUGAGGGAAGAGGCUAUGUUGUUCGACGAGUGCUGAGACGUGGUGCGCGAUAUGCUCGGAAAUACUUUAAUGUCGAAAUCGGCGAUUUCUUCUCCAAGAUUGUACCGACCCUGGUAGAACAGAUGGGCGGAAUGUUCAAAGAGAUUGUUGCGAAAGCAGACGAGGUCAAGGAGAUCCUCAACGAGGAAGAGCUCUCUUUCGCAAAGACCUUGGAUCGCGGAGAGCGGCAAUUCGAGGUGUACGCCCAGAAGAGCCAGGUCCAGGGGCUAAAGAAGCUGCAUGGCGCUGAUGUCUGGCGAUUAUACGACACUUUCGGGUUCCCUGUUGAUUUGACCCGGCUCAUGGCUGAAGAACGAAACCUUUCCAUCGACGACAACGAGUUUGAGGCUGCGAGGUUGGCUGCCAAAGAAGCCAGCAAGGGUCAGAAGAAAGCCGCCAGCGAUGUCCUCAAGCUGGAUGUGCAUGAUCUGGGCCAACUGGAGAAAAUGCCCGGUGUGACGAAAACAGAUGACAGCGCCAAGUACGGCAGGGAAAAUAUCACCAGCACAAUCCAGGCAAUAUAUCAUGCGAAGAAGUUCCAUUCUGACACCAAAAAUAUUCCAGAGGAUGAUCAGGUUGGUAUUAUUCUCGAUCGAACCUGUUUCUACGCGGAACAGGGUGGUCAGGAGUACGACACCGGCCGGAUCGUCAUUGAUGGACAAGCUGAACUUGAAGUGGAGAAUGUUCAACUUUACGCCGGCUAUGUAUUACAUACAGGUUACAUGAAGUACGGUCACUUCUCGGUAGGGGACAAGGCAAUCUCCGAGUACGACGAACUAAGAAGAUGGCCCAUACGGAACAACCAUACUGGCACACACAUUCUCAAUUUCGCGCUGAGGGAGGUUCUGGGUGAUGGUGUUGAGCAGAAAGGCUCGUUGGUGGCCCAGGAAAAGUUGAGAUUCGAUUUCAGUCAUAAAUCAGGUGUGUCGGACGAUGAUCUGCAGAGGAUCGAGGACAUAUCGACAGAGUAUAUUAGGCAGAAUUGCCCAGUAUAUGCCAAGAAUGUGCCUUUGUCCAUUGCCCGUGAGAUUGCAGGUGUCAGAGCCGUGUUUGGCGAGACCUACCCUGAUCCAGUCCGGGUCGUCUCGGUGGGGGUUGAGGUUGAUGAUAUCCUAAAGAAUGUCAAUGAUGAGAGAUGGAAAACGGUCAGCAUCGAAUUCUGUGGUGGCACCCACGUCAGAAGCACGGGCGAUAUCAAGGAUCUUAUCAUACUCGAAGAAAGCGGCAUUGCUAAAGGCAUCCGGAGAAUCAUCGCGGUCACCGGCGAGGACGCCCAUGGAGUCCAACGCGUGGCGGAAGAAUUCUCUGUGAAACUCGACAAGCUUGAGAAGAUGCCAUUCGGGCUGCCGAAGGAACAUGAGGCAAAGGCCAUCCAACUUGAACUUAACAACCUGUCAAUAUCGGCGGUGAGAAAGUCGCAAUUCCGAGACCGAUUCGCCAAAAUCAGCAAAGAAAUUCUCGAUCAGCAGAAAAAGCUGCAGAAGGAGGAGACGAAGAAGGCCAUCGACACAAUAACGGAGUAUUUUGAGAAGAACCCCAAAGCUCAAGGGGCGGUCCUGAGGCUACCAAUCGGAGGAAAUCCCAAAAUUGUGCCAGAUGUGGUCAAGCAUGUCCAGACCAAGAUGAAGGACAAGAGUGUGUAUAUCGUCGUGGCUGACGAGAAGGAUCCUGAGGGCAAGGUGUACCACGGAUGUUUUGUCGGUCAAAGCGGCACAAAGGCCGGUAUGAAAUCUCCCGAGUGGUCGUCAACGGUGUCGAAGCUAGUUGGCGGCAAGGCUGGCGGAAAGGAGCCAGUCGCCAUCGGUACUGGGACGGAACAAUCCAAGAUCGACGAGGCGUUGAAGGCUGCAACGGAUUAUUUGGAGAAAUUCAAGCUAUGA